GGAGGAGGGCUGUGAAGAUGCGUGCGCAGCCUCAGUCUGGAGUCGCCGCGACGGAACCGCAAUAAGCACAGAAAUUACAGCCACAUCCAUGUAUUAAAACGCACCGGGGCUUUCAUUAAAAAACAACAGUGCCCUCAGAGGCGGCGGAUGGUCCUGUCUACUCCUGAGGGUGGAGCAGAGCAGUGAUGACUAAGGGACGUCCCUAAACUGCACAGAGGUGACAGAGGAGCAGAUGAUGGAGGCAGGUGACGGAGCCACAGGAAAUAUGGCCCAGCCACACAUAGGGGGCAGCUCUGAGACAGAACAGGAACAAACUGCUGCUAAAACAGACAGUGCAGCUCCAGAAGCCUGUGAGGAAGUAGCGUCCGAGCUGAAGACAGGGGUCUCUCAUCUGUCUGAGGCUCCCUCGGGGGGAACUCCCAGUGCGGAAAGCCCAGGGGAAGUGGCCCUCAAAGUGGCCACUACAGUGCUACACCCGGUGUGUUUAGGAGACAGUCCUCUGAUGCUGCCCAUACACCUGCAGAUGAACGGAGGGCCGCAGAUGGGGGCUGCCCCGUACCUCAUUACAAGCCAGAGUCCUAUGUCUCUGCCCCUGGUCCUGGAGCAGCAGGUGCUGCAGCACAUGGGCCCCUCUGUGAUCCCUCAGAGCCCAAACUGUGCACCCCUGCCUCUCCAGAGCAGUGUCUUGUGUCAGGGCGCCCUCCCCUUCGCCUUGUCUCCAGGAGCAGAGCAGAAAGCUACAGGUCAGACUCAGGACUCCAACCUUCUGUCUCUGCUCCAGAACCCUGCCUUUGCCGCCUUUCUACAGGACCUGUUCCCCUCGCAGACUGGGGCAUCUGGGUGUCAGUCUCCAGGCUCUCCCUUUUUCUCUACUCCUCCUCUGACGCCUUCAUACUCUUCCCCUCUCACCCCUCUGGUCCCUCCAGCUACACUCCUGGUCCCAUAUCCGGUUAUCAUUCCGCUGCCUGUGCCCCUGCCUGUCCCCUUGCCCAUCCCUGUCCCUAUCCCCUCUGAAGACUCAAAGGGGAACCUGUCCAAAUCUGUUUGCACUGUGAGCCAAAGCACUCAGACCUGUUUACAGGACACUACCUCUGUCCCCGUGUCCUUAGGACACUGUCCCUCAGUCCUCCCUUCUCACACUGUGUCUGUGCCCUCUCCUCCUGAAGAGGCACAGGUCUUGGACCUCUCUGUAAAGACAUGUCCCAUUCAGCCCAAGCAGGAGUUCCCCAGUGCGGUGCAGCAGGACAGUGUGCUGGACCUGUCUGUGCCUGGAGGGAGGGGCAAGGCUCCUGAGAAGUGCUCCUCUAUGGCUGUGGGGUGCUCUCAGAGUUUGGAUUCUAAACUCUUGAGCAGCCUGGCCUCAGUAGAGUUUAGCCGCCAGCAUAAGUGGGUGGUGGACAGCACCCCGGGGUGCAGCUCCCUGGGACAGGACCCCUCUCUCAGUGGGACAGGGAACCUUGAGAUUGUCAGUGCCUCUCAGACAGCCAAGGUCAUAGUUUCUGUGAAAGACGCCAUCCCCGCCAUCUUGUGUGGGAAGAUUAAAGGCCUUUCAGGAGUCUCCACAAAGAACUUCUCCAUCAAGCGGGACGCGGCACAGGGUACGUCCCUGCAGCAGUUCUACGAGGUGCAGCCUGUGCCUCAGGGGGAGCAGCGAGACUCCAACAACCCUCUGAAGAAAGUGUCUAAAAACAGAGCCAUCAAACUGAAGAAGGUCAGCUCACAGGAGAUACAUUUCCUUCCUAUUAAGAAGCAGCGCCUCGCCGCUCUCUUGCCCCGGAAGUGAGAGAGCCCCCCCUGGAGGAUAUAACAUAAAACACAUGCGAGAUGUCCAGAAUUUGAACUUGCAUGUCAAAGCCUCAUCACAUCUGGGGCUGGUGAAUGUCUGACAGUGUCAAAAUCACAGCAAAGUGCUUUUCCUCUGGACCUAAUGCACUACAACAGUGUUAAACUAAAACAAGUGUGGGACUGUUUUGUGUUUGGCAGCUCAAUGUGCUCUGGUGGCUUUGGCUCGGUCACUAGUGUUUAAGGACGUUUGUAAUUUAAGAGAAAGGCCGGUUCCACUUUUCCAUUUCGGUCCAUAGUUUAUUUCCACAUUCUGAGUGCACUGAAGGCUGACCCUGCAGCUCUAUCACAGGGCCCGAGUAAGAGAGCAGAGGACCAGACAUGGUUUUCCUCUCUGGGUUUAGCGUGAUGAAGACAGGCUAAGUUAGAGGAGGAUUACCACAGAUAGAUACUGGCGACAGCUUUAGGUCACACAUAUAUUCAGGUUGGCAGUGAAGUGCUUUGGUUGUAUAUGACAAGAAAACUGCUGUUUCCCUUUAUGUAAAACUGUGAUGAGAUAUACAGGCACACUUCAUUAAGUUAGAAUACUGUGGAAAAGUCCAUUUAUUUUAGUGGUUCAAUAAUAGGGUGAAUACAAUGCAUUUGCCAAUCAGACAUAACAGAGUGACCACUUGUUAAGAGUUUGUGAUACUCUGACCUACUUAUCAAAAAUGUUUUAUUUAUUUCCAUCUGAAUUUUGUCAGAUGGAGAUUAAGUUGACCUGGUAACCCAACGUGUGAGGCUCAUUGUGCUUUUUGAUUGGAUUUUUUGCUUGAGAAUGAAAACACAAAAUUUAAAUUUAAACAUUCAUAAACAACUGUUAUAUUAUGACUAUUUUUGUAAGAAUAAAUCAACAUUGCUCUUAAUGAAAUACUAAACAAAACCUAUUUAACACCAGAACAUUGAAAAUUAAAAUGCAAAGAAUUAAUAAAUUACAUUUGAGGUGAACUUGUUUCAUUUUGAUAAAUACUACUGACCACUUAUAAUAACAAUUUUAUCGUUUUCCUGUUGCAUAUGUCUCUGGCCAUAAAAUGAAUUACCCUUUCUAGACAAACAACCCAAAUACUAAGACAUGAGCUGUAUUCUGAUUCAUGAACAUGUGCCCUGAGUCUGUAGGAGUUGUGUACAUUUUGAAGAACACAGUGAACUACAGUAUCUCAGAUGUUUUGGCUGGACUGCGGCGUAUUUAUUGAGUGUGUGAUUAGUCUGUUAGUAAAAGUCCCAGAGGAAGAUUUGGUGUGAAACGUGACGUCAUUUCAUUGUUUUUGUGAAGUAUUUAAGUGUCCCAUGAUGAUCCCAGAUGUGAAUGUUUAUUUAUCCUCUUUGAGUGCACUUUGUCAUAGUUUAGUUUGGAAAAAGUAACAGGGUUAACUCUUUUCCCUCUUCUGUGAUUGAAUAUAAUGAAUUGUGAAAACACAUUACUGAAUAAGUUGGGGCACUGUGAAAUCUUUACAAAAUGCAAAUAUUAUAAACCAUUUUUCCUCUAAAAGCCACAACAAAAUGUAUUUAUUUUUAACAUAGCAUUUUGUUUCCAUAAGUGGUUUGGUUUGUAUAUGUAAAAUUGUCCAACUUGUUGUGUCUUAACAUUUUCAGAAUUAGGUUUAAAAAUGAGAGAAAUCAGUUGUUAAAAAACCCAAAAUAAAAGUAUUUCUCAUGUUUCACUCUUGAUUAUUCACUUAUGUCUGCAUUGCAUUUAACAUCACACUUGGCUCUCACAGUUAAGUAGUAAUUUAUUCUUUAUUCAUGUUUUAUUUAUACAAAUUGAGUGGAUACUGUACAGGAUGAUUAUGAAAAAAGAAAGUAAAAAGUGUGUUUUUUCAGGAUGUUUUUGGCCUCUGUCCAUAAUAUUUGAGUGACGUUGUGAAUGAUGGAAAACCAGUGGACAUAUGCUGGUUCAGUGUUUACUUACUGUACAAUGUCUGUGCUUUUUAUAUGACACUCAAGUAAAAUACUUUAAAGACUCAACGU